AACAGAUAUUCAGUAUCAACACCCCAAGACUGCUAGCAUCAUAACCCAUUUCUGCGAAGCGUACUCGUUUCCACUCAUCUCACAAUGCCUUGGCUUCUCGUUAUCUCGGCGCUCCUCAGCGGUUGCGCAGCAGAGGCUUUCAAGCCGGACAACCAUACCAAAUAUCUCAACACUCGCGUCCCAUCGCUGUACAACUUAACCUUGGACCAAAUCGGCGGUUCCUACUGGACCAGUGCUUUCCUCACCACAACCACUGGCACCCAGUACCUCGCCCUCGCCCAUAUCCUGGGCCCGAUCUGCAAAUCCUCCCUCCUCGACCUGGACACCCUCGAGUACUGGAACAAUUUGGAAUACGCGAACCCUCCCAACUCCUCCCUCCCCACUACAGGCUUCCACGUCUCGUCCGGAAACUGCGCUCUGGGAUCAACUACGGCGAAUAUGAUCACGAGCAUGUACACCUCCGGCUCGACUUCCGAAUACGCCUACAACCUGACCUGGGAGAGCACGUCAAAGGUCAUCUUGAACGGUGGCGGCGCGGCCUUCACCUUCGGCCCCGGCUUCGCUAACUCGACGGAGUGGUCCAUCCCGGCCAGCACCACGUCCGGGACAGUCACUCUGGGCGAGGAGACGCACACCGUCGACCCGAGCCGGUCAAUGCUCUGGUACGACCAUCAAAAGGGCGCCGGGGCCCCCCAGAAAUGGACAUGGUUUCAGCUGCACUUCCCCGACUCCUCGACCAAGGCAAGCAUCUGGGCCUACGACUUUGGCAGCCCGUCGUUCGAGACGUACCAGUUCGCGACUGUCCGCGUCGGCGAGGAGUCGCAGUACGUCCUGCCCUUCGACAUGGAAGCCGGCGGCGGCGGCUGCGGUUCGUGGACCUCCCCGAGAUCCAACAUCACCUACCCCCAGAGCUGGAGACUCACCUUCGAGAAUGGGGAUGUGCUCGACAUCGAGUCGGUGCGGAAGGACCAGGAGAUCUACGGUGCCAAGGCUGUGAGCGACACCGUUUACGCGGGCUAUGUCAACGUCUCUGGGAAGUUUCUAGGGCUGGAAUCGGGGUUCGGGGUCGUGGAGAUGAUCCAGCUGUUCUGAGCCCUUCAUAGCCAUGCCUCUUUCGGAAGGAUGGCGUUGUCAGGCAAAGGACCGCUCAACAUGACUUUCAAUCCAUCCAAUGCGGCGGAAUGUCUUACUUAGGACCGGUUACCGCUCCCUUGUUCUGUUCAUCUUCGCCUCAAUUGUAGACUGUACUGUUUGUUUCCCUACGAAACUAGUACAAUUAGC